AAGUUUUUAGUGCAGUGCCGGCAUCCAGACGUAUAUAGCUGGUGCGGCAACGUUUAUUCUCGGCGCUUUUUUGGCCCACGCCAUUAUUCAUUAUUCUUCAAUAGAGUCGUCUCAAACGUGCUGCUAGUUUUAGAAAAAGAACUUGUUUUAACCAUGGCUGAUGAUCAGAAACCUGAUGCCGGUGAUGCAGGAUCAGAGUACAUCAAAUUGAAAGUUGUUGGCCAGGAUUCAAAUGAAAUUCACUUUCGAGUAAAGAUGACGACACAGAUGGGCAAACUCAAGAAGUCUUAUAGUGAAAGAGUGGGUGUGCCAGUUACUUCGCUGAGGUUUUUGUUUGAUGGAAGGCGAAUUAAUGAUGAUGAAACCCCUAAACAGUUGGAAAUGGAGAAUGAUGAUGUCAUUGAGGUUUAUCAGGAACAAACUGGUGGCAAUUAAUUUAAGAACCUCGAUGCAUUCAUGGAAAACUUUCCACAUUUUCUGGACAAAACUGUCUUUUAAUUUCCAAUGUUGUCAUCAAAAUAUCGCCCUGCUUUCUGUUCUUCAUUUCCAAUCGAAUAAAUAAAACCAUUUUCGUAACCGAGAA